UCGUAGUACAAGAUUUAUUAGGGAAAAAGAAUGAGUAGUCUACUUCGAUUUUUUCUCUUUUUCUUAACAUUUUUCCUAGUCCCAUACACUACUCAACAAUUUGCAUGUAACAAGCGUGAAGUUGAUGUAAAAAGAUUAUCUUUCUGUAACAAAUCGUUACCUUAUUCUGUUCGUGCUAAGGACUUAGUUUCUCGCCUUAGCUUAAAUGAAAAGGCAGAACAACUAGUAAACUCGGCUAGGGGGAUCCCUAGGCUAGGGGUACCAGCCUACGAGUGGUGGUCAGAGGCCCUGCAUGGAGUCUCUAACACUGGCCCUGGUGUACGGUUCAAUGGAACAAUACCUGGUGCAACAAGCUUUCCAGCAGUUAUUCUAUCUGCUGCAAGCUUUAAUGCAUCAUUGUGGUACAAGAUGGGCCAGGUUGUGUCAACUGAGGCUCGAGCAAUGUACAAUGCAGGUCUUGCUGGGCUCACGUAUUGGAGCCCAAAUGUGAAUGUAUACAGAGACCCGAGGUGGGGUAGAGGGCAAGAGACCCCUGGGGAGGACCCUUUGGUUGUCAGUAAGUAUGCUGUCAACUAUGUCAGAGGUCUACAAGAGGUUGAUAUCUCUGGUAAUAGAAACAUGCUUAAGGUUUCUAGUUGUUGUAAGCAUUAUACUGCUUAUGAUCUUGAUAAUUGGAAAGGUGUUGAUCGCUUCCACUUUGAUGCAAAGGUCAGCAAGCAGGAUUUGGAGGAUACGUAUCAGCCCCCAUUCAAGAGUUGCGUUGAGAAGGGGCGUGUUAGUAGUGUGAUGUGCUCAUACAACAGAGUGAAUGGAAUUCCAACUUGUGCUGAUCCCAAUCUUCUAAAAGGAAUAGUUCGAGAGCAAUGGAAUUUAAAUGGCUAUGUUGUCACUGAUUGUGAUUCUAUACAAGUCUUCUAUGAGUCGAUCAAUUACACAGCUUCACCAGAGGAUGCAGUAGCCCUUGCCUUAAAAGCAGGAGUUAACAUGAAUUGUGGAGACUUUCUACGCAAGUACACGGUAAGAACAGUCAAUGAGAGAAAAGUGGAGGAAUCAGUUGUAGACCAGGCAUUAAUAUACAAUUACAUAGUCCUCAUGAGACUUGGGUUCUUUGAUGGGGACCCUAGAAAGCACCCUUUUGGAAAACUACGGCCGUCUGAUGUAUGUACGAAAGAUCACAAAAAGUUGGCUCUUGAUGCUGCAAAACAAGGGAUAGUCUUGCUAGAAAACAAGGGAUCAACUCUUCCAUUGUCCUCAAAAUAUGUAAGAAAAUUAGCCGUUAUUGGUCCUAAUGCUAAUGCCACAAAAACCAUGUUAAGUAACUAUGCUGGUGUACCAUGCAAGUAUACUAGUCCUCUACAAGGGUUUCAAAAAUAUGUGAAAAGAGUGUAUUAUAAAUCAGGGUGCCAAGAUGUGAAGUGUCAAGAUAAAAGCUCUAUAAAGGCUGCUGCUAAGGUGGCUGCCGCUGCUGAUGUGGUGGUAUUAGUAGUGGGGCUCGAUCAGUCGGUUGAAGCAGAGGGACUAGACAGGGUGAACUUGACAUUGCCCGGCUACCAGAAGUCGCUAGUAGAGAAGGUUACUAAUGCAGCCAAAGGAAAGGUUAUUCUGGUGAUCAUGUCAGCUGGUCCGAUUGAUGUGUCAUUUGCAAUCAAAUUGAAAAAGAUUCGAGCAAUUCUCUGGGUCGGCUACCCAGGCCAAGAAGGAGGUGAAGCCAUUGCACAAGUAGUGUUUGGAUAUCACAACCCAAGUGGAAGGACACCUGUGACAUGGUACCGGAAAGAGUACGUAGAUCUAAUUCCAAUGACAAACAUGAACAUGAGGAAGGACAGAUCCAGAAGACUUCCCGGUAGGACAUACAGAUUUUUCACUGGGAAAACUGUCUAUGAGUUCGGCCAUGGACUCAGCUAUACUACUUUCAUCAAGUUUCUAAUACACGCCCCCUCAAAAAUAACCAUCAAGAGAUCAUUCGAACAAAAUUUCAACAACACCAGUAACCAAACACUGUUUCUUCCAACUGAUAAGCAGGCUGAUGACAAAAUGAUCAUUGAUGUAUCAGAAGUAAACUGCAAGAAGUUAGACUAUGCUGUUGCAAUAGGGGUGAAAAAUGAAGGGAAGAUGGAUGGAGGGCACGUUGUGCUUGUGUUUUGGAAGCCGCCUGUAUGGAGUGAGUUCAAGGGAGCACCCAAUAUACAGCUUGUAGGAUUCGAGAGAGUUGAAGUGAAAGCAGGGAAGACAGAAUUGGCUGUAGUUAAAGUAAAUGUGUGUGAAGCUUUUAGCUUGGUGAAUGAGCAAGGAGAUAGGAAGUUGGUUACUGGCCGUCAUGAAUUAGUGAUUGGUUCUCCUAGUGAGAAAUGGCUUAGCCAUAAGUUUACUCUUCGCGCUGAUGAAACCAUUAAGGAUCACCAGAUAUGAAGCAUGUAAUGCUACAAGUACAUGCUCAAAGUAAUAAUCCUUUCAGAUCGGAUCAUCCAUAUAAUAUACAGUAUAAUUGGAAACUUUAGAUAUAUGAUCUAUACAUCAUGAUUUUAUUGUAUAAAUAAGACUUACACUUUCAAGCUUCUAUUAUUAAUAUCCAAAGAUGUAGCGUUCGUUACUGCAUUGUAUGAAGCUUGAUAUUGAAUAUUAAGAUUUUUUUUUUUAAUUAUUUGACCUUUUGUACCAGUAAUACUUCCUUUGUUUUCUUUUUGUUUGAAUCAUUUGACCUUUUGAAUAUUAAGCUUCUUUUGGUUUCUUUUUGUUUGAAUCAUUUGACCUUUUGUACCAGUAAUACUUUCGUUUUUCUCCAAAUAUUGUAACAAUUACUAUCUAGCUCCUCAGGAGUUGCUGCCGGCUUGUUCCAAUCUAGGAGGCCUGGACAACUGGUGCCGGC